UAUAAGCCUUAUGGAUUGCCUGUCAAGUAAUGUUAAUGGAAUGAUUGUUUCAAAUGGUGUCAUCGAAGAGAAAUUUUACUUUGAUGAAACAGGGGAGCUGUUUAACAAAACCCCCAUGUUAAAAAUGGAUGGACAAUUUAUAGAUGGUGAACAAGCAUCAAUUUCUUGUUACGAUAUUAUCCAGUCAGACGCAAGUAGUCUAGAUUUAUCAUGUGACAAUGUAACCUACAUAAAACAGGAAGUUAUUGACGAUGCUACUUUAAUUAAAAAUGUUUUUACGGCCGACAUAAAGGAUGAUGAUACUAUAUGUAGAUGUAGUUCUAACAAAUCGAACAGCCAGUCAAUGUUGAAAAUUCACAUAUUCCCUUACAAAGGAUAUAAUGUAUCACAUAGAAAGGAAGUGUGUGAAAGUAAUUCAGAGAUAAAACUCACCUGUGAAGACGAUAACUUAUCAGACGUUUUUCACUUUGGAAAGUGGUUUCACCACUAUAAUGAUGUUGAAAUACGUCCAUUAUUUGGACUUUCAUCAGGGAAACAGACUUCUAUCCAUAUACCAUUCUGUACAUAUGAAGAUAUAGGGAACUAUACAUGCAGCAUAACAGAUAUACGAAAGAACACAACGGUUUUUUAUUCAACCACUUUUCUAAGUGUACCAGGUCCACCUGUUAUUGUUAACAACUCUAUAGUGAAGCAUAAUUCAAAAGCAGAAUGUUUACUUAGUGUUGAAUUUUAUUCUUUUGAUGAAAUAUCAACAAUUACUUGGUAUAAGAAUGGAAGACUAUUACAUUCAUCAGAAAAUCAAAGACCAAAUGUAAGACCAACCACACAUAUUGUAAAUAUGCAUAACAAGGACGUUCCAGUAAAAGCUAAAAUUGCAACGCUUCAACUGAAACCAGUAUGUGAUGUCGAUACGUCUAUGUAUCGCCUUACUGUGAAAACAGAUUAUUUCUCAACUUCUCAUACGUUUGAACAGGAAGAUAACACAGUACACACAGUGUUAAUAAUGUCACUGCUUAUAGCAACAGGAAUUGUUAUUACAGGACUGAUCAUAAUUAUAUGUAGAGCAACCAAAGGAAGAAAAAAGAAAUACCGGUUCAACAAAAAAAGUCUAUAUACUGGUAAUGCUGUAGUGGGACGACGAAUUGAUACCCAGUUUUAUGAAGAAAUUGAUAUGUUUAUUGAGAAUUUAAGACAGGCAGAUGAAGAAACUACAGGGCAAAAUAGAUAUGCAAUAUCAGAAAAUGAAUAUGAGCAGAUACCAUUUGAUAGAGAAUGAAAAUAUUGGAAAAACGAUGAAAACUUUUGAUACAGUACACAAUCGUAAAACUUAAAGUUAUUUUCAUUGUAUAUUUAAACUAUUUAAUAUUAAA